UGGCUCCCGGGCCGCCAGGCUAAGCCCCUGCAGCAGGCAGCCCGGCCCCGGGAGCUGGACCCUCUCCUCCCAGCCUGGGACCCCUCUUCGGGCCGCAGCCACCUGGGCUCAUCGCGGGAACGCGGGCCCGGGUGGCAAAAGCGCGGCGGGCGCGGUGGGUGCCACAGCGAUCUUGGCCGAGACGGCGCCGCGAGGACCUUCGAGCGCCGUCCCGGGCCGAUGUCCCAGGUGAGUGGCCAGCACCCUCCUCAUUGCGACGCGCCUCAUGAAGCCCCCAGCGCAGCCCCCGGCCCAGCCCAGACCCCAGCCCUCCUGCCUGGGCUGGAGACGGGAACAGGACCCACUCACCCCGUGGAGGCAGUGCUAGAAGAGGGCUCCCUGGAGGAGGAGGCGCCCCCCAUGCCCCAAGGCAAUGGCCCUGGGGCCCCCCAGGCCCUGGACAGCACUGACCUCGAUGUCCCCACAGAAGCUGUGACACGCCAGCCUCAGGGGAACCCUUUGGGCUGCACCCCACUACUGGCAAAUGGCUCUGGCCACCCCUCGGAGCUGGGCAGUGCCAGGCGGGCUGGAAACGGUGCGCUGGGUGGCCCCAAGGCCCACCGGAAGUUGCAGGCUCACCCAUCCCUCGCCAGCCAGGGCAGCAAGAAGAGCAAGGGCAGCACCAAGUCCGCUGCCUCCCAGAUCCCGCUCCAGGCACAGGAAGACUGCUGCGUCCACUGCAUCCUGUCCUGCCUGUUCUGCGAGUUCCUGACGCUGUGCAACAUUGUCCUGGACUGCGCCACGUGCGGCUCCUGCAGCUCCGAGGACUCGUGCCUCUGCUGCUGCUGCUGCUGCGGCUCGGGCGAGUGCGCCGACUGCGACCUGCCCUGCGACCUGGACUGCGGCAUCCUGGACGCCUGCUGCGAGUCGGCCGACUGCCUGGAGAUCUGCAUGGAGUGCUGCGGGCUCUGCUUCUCCUCCUGACCGCACCAAGCUGGAGCCCCUCCCCGUCCUGCUCCCUCGCCGGGACCUCUCCGACCCCAGCCCAGGAGCAGGGGCGCUCCUGAGGCACCGCAGUCCGGGAGCCGGGCCCACGGCUGAGCCCGUCCU